CCUCCCUCAAAGCCUCUUCUCCGUUUCUGCAACUCUAGCACGGAUGAAAUUUCAUUUCACUGCCAAAACCCUAAUUGUUAAAUCCUAAAUUCUCAUCAUCCGCUAUGAAACUUCUCUCUGCAAGACCCAUUUUCCUCUUUGCUUCUUAUUCUUCUUCUCCACCGCCAUACCUUUUCUUCAUUUCUCAUUUCACAACUUCUACAACUCCAUUGUCUUCUUCUUACAGGCGCCACGACGAUGAGUCUCGAACUGUAAAAGUCUCGGUGUGGUGGGACUUCGAGAAUUGUAAUAUCCCGGCGGGUGUCAACGUCUUCAAAAUUGCGCAUAGCAUUACUGCUGCAGUUAGGGCUAAUGGAAUCAAGGGUCCCCUUCAGAUUACAGCGUUUGGUGAUGUUUCGCAGCUCGCGAGAUCCAAUCAGGAGGCUUUGUCUUCUACGGGAAUCAAUCUCGCUCACAUUCCUAACGGUGGAAAGAACAGUGCUGAUAGGUCUCUUCUUCUAGAUCUUAUGUAUUGGGUCUCUCAAAAUCCUCCACCUGCACACCUUUUUUUAAUUUCGGGUGAUAGGGAUUUUGCUAGCAUUUUACACCGGUUAAGAAUGAGCAACUACAAUGUCUUGCUCGCAAGUCCAGGAACUGCUUCUGGAGUUCUCUGCAGUGCUGCAAGUAUCAUGUGGAAUUGGAAUGCUUUGGUUAGAGGGGAAAACCUUACUGGGAAACAUUUUAACCAACCCCCAGAUGGUCCCUAUGGUUCUUGGUAUGGUCAUUUUAAGGUGCCUCUUGAAGACCCAUUCUCAGUUGUUGAGCAACCAUCAUCUCCACAGGCUGAGGAGUUGUCUGAGCCUGGUUUAGAUUCUAAGCUUCGUCCAAUUCCAAGGAUUGUGAUGAGGCAGAUUCGUCAUAUAUUAAACUCGUACCCCAAAGGGGUUUCCAUCACAGAACUCCGUUCAGAGUUGGGAAAAAGUAAUGUGAAAAUUGACAAAGAUUUCUAUGGAUAUAGAAAGUUUUCCAACUUUCUUUUGUCCAUGCCGCACAUUUUAAAGCUUCAAAGUAGAGGUGAUGGCCAGUAUUGUGUUCAAAGAAUCGUAUCAAAAGCUCCUGAACCUGUUGAGUCCAUUGCACCUAUAUCAGUGGGGCCUGUUUCUAAUAGUGAAAACAGGGAGCUCAGUUUAAAUCCAAAGCUACACAACACAGAAAUUUCUGCUAGUGGAGCUGUGAAUGGGAAGUCAUCACUGCCUCUAUCCCCAGAACUAAAGGUCAAAGAGCCUCCAACAAAAGUGGAGGAGCCUCCAAUAAAAGAGGAAGAGCCCCCUCCACUUGGCCAGAAGGUUGCUGAAACAACUAAUGCACAUGCAGCAGAGGAGCAUUUGUCUCCUGUCGAGGGGCCAGAAUCUUCGUCUGAAGCAGGCUUCUUUAAAAAAAUAUGGAGAAAAUGGUUUAGCAGUAAGGACGGUGGUUUUGAGAAGGAAAGUAAUAGAAUCCCUGAAAAAUGUGGUACUUGUGAUGAUAGCUCUGAGAAGAUCAAAUCUGAGGAAAAAUGCAUGGAUUCCAAAAGCCAGCAAGCUGAUCCAAUAGAAAUGGUGUCAAUUUCUUCAUCCAAUGAUGGGUCAUUUCUGGACAAGAAAUCCACCAGGAGUUCUGAAACAUAUGAUGAUAAAUCUAUUGCAAGCUCUAACUUCUUCAACAAGGUUACAAAUUGGUGUAAGUUUUGGAGAGCUAGCCCACAGUCUGACGUAUUGAGUGAUCAAUCCUGGGAAAGAUUGAACCAGAUUAACAGUCAUUCUGAAAAGCAUGAUUGUUUCUCAGAGGAUUCUCUUUGGGGUGACAUCGAAUCAUUUAUGGCCACACCAAAAGGAUCAGUUCUUGUCUCCCAGUCAAGGACCAGGGAACAAAUGGCACAAAAUCUGCGCAAGGAAGGGCCUCUGGUUCUUGGAUCUCUCACGGAAACUGAUCUGCUUCACUUGGUGGAUUUAUUAAUUUCAGAUAAAAAAUGGGUUGAAGAAAACCCCACUCAAACUUCACCUUUCAAAGUCAUUCGGCUUGUUGGAAAGAAAUCUACUUCAAGCCAACCUCAUGUUUCAAAUGGGUUGAGCUCAAUCUUUUUAGGCACGCAAUCACAGUCAAACUUGCAGAGGCAACUGGAACAUGGAGAGAAGAGAGAUCAAAAUUUACCUCAUACUGGAGUGUCUCAACCUGUCAUUGACAAGAAAAUGCUGAACAGAUCUAGAAGUGAGAUAUUGGCCCAUUGUCAAAAGCUUGUGGAUGAGAUUUUGAAGGAAUACCCAGAAGGGUUCAAUAUGGGUGCCUUCAGAAAAUUGUUCCUAGAGAGGUAUGGCUAUUCACUUGAUGUACAGAAGCUUGGUUACCAAAGAUUGGCAUCACUUCUGCAGAUAAUGCCUGGGGUGAAAAUAGAAUCUACCUAUAUUGUUCCUUCCUGGACAGCUUCUAAAGGUUCCCUUUUGGAAAGUUCUGAUACUAAUGGUCAGGAGAACAAUGGCAGUGGAAAGGUAGGUAAUUCAGAUAGUGAAUUGUCUGAUGCAUCCAGGAAGGAAGAUGAUCUUGACUCUCCAUGGGAAGAACUUGGGCCUGUUGCUGACACAAAUUCUAACAGAAAUGAAAUGGAAUCAGAGUUAAGAAGGCAGAAAAAAGAAGAGACAGUGAGACAGGUACAUCUUGACUAUGAACCUUCCCCAUCAGAUGAUGAUUUUUCAGAUUCAGAAGGGGAGACCUCGCUCUCAACUGGAACUGACAGGCAAGAGAGGCCUAAAAUAAGGAAGGAAGACAGCUCAUUAUUACGGAUUCUUGAUUCAUGGUACAGCAGUAAAGAAGAUAACAAGAGAAGGGAUGGGGUAGAAAAUGCUGAUGGCAUGAUUGAUUGUUCCAGAAAUGAUUUGAAGUCAUCUGGUUCAUCUGGAUUUUUCUCUGAGGAUGACACUUCUCCAAUAAACUGCAGAAAGAAGCAAAGACCUGUUAGGAGCUAUUCUUUUGUUUCAGACCAUGGAGAUGAUAAGGACAAAUUGAUUGAUGGUAUAUUAGGGAGCUUGAAAAAAUCAGGUGAGUCAAGGAUGCAUAGCUGAAAGUUCUUGAUGAGAGAAAGCGAGAGAAGGAUGCAUCCUGUCUCUCAGUGUGGAACUUCAUAAUGCAAAGGAAUUUGGGCUUUUCAUAACAUAUCCCUGAUCAUAUACAUCACAAAAUUUUUUUGGAAUUAGUAGGUCACAGGAGUUGUUGAUUCUUCCGAGGUUAGGAUCAUGAAGCAGAUAUUAGUGCUAUUUACAAGUUGAAUUUAGUUCCUGGUCAUCAAUUUGAUACAGUUGGAAAUGAUGGAGAUCUCGUUUCCUCGAAUGGCCAGCUCUAGUUGAUCCACAUUAUAUAAUUGCUGAAAGUUUUGAACACUACAAGUGAUUAUUGAACAGGAAAGAGAGUUUGUUAGGCAGUACCCCAGCGGCUAUGAAGUUUAUGGUUCUUUUUAUGGCAUCCAAACAGGUAUCACAGUUUGAAAGAUAUAAUCUUGUUCCAAUAUUCGUUUGCCCUUAAUCUUCAUUAGUUAUUUCUUGCUUAUUGUGGUUGGCCAUUAUCAUGUUCCUUGCUUUGCAUCGGAAACUCCUGUUGCAUUAUGGCAUGAGAAUUGGUUUUUGGGUGUAUUCUGUUGAAAUUUUCGACUGAGUCGAUUCAGGAAGCAUCAUUCCAGCUUUGGAUGAAUUGUUAGGGAGCGUAUUUGUUUAGCUUGCCAUACCUUACAUAGCAUUUGAAGGUAAAAGCACUAGUAGCAAAUGGCUGAUUAUGUAUUAGUCAUCCUUUAAGAAUUAGAAGCAGCCAUUCUAAAUAUUAGAUAUCAUUUCAGGUGAUGGCUCUAUUUUAUCAGUCAUUGAUGUUCUGUAAUAAUUCCAUUAUUGUGGGUGGAUUCAUGCCUUCUUUCUCAACCUGUACUCAAAAAGCUUUAACCCCAACCACUUGGUUUGUUUGUAUGGGUUCUCUUCAUGAUGAACAUGGUCAUGGUUUUCCAUCCUACCCCAAAA